AAUAUUUUGAUAUUUCUACAUAAAGAUAUUUAAUUUAAAGAAAAAUUUUUAUUUUUUAUAGAACUUUCUUUCAGAAAUAAAAUAAUUAGCUAAUAAAAUAUUAUAAAACUUUAGAUAAUGUUUAGAAACCUUUUAGUGUCUGCUCUAAAUUAGAAAAGAUAGUCUUUAUUUUAGACUGUUAGAAGAAAUUUUUUAACUAAAAAAGUAGAUAACAGCUAAGAAUUAACUUAAUUUUUAACAGAAACCAAAGUAGUUGAUUCUAAAGUUUUUGAAACAUUCAAAGCCAUGACUGCAAAUUAAGAUAAAAUAUUUAUUUUCAAGAUCCACGGACUUUCUCAUUUCUUCUUUACUUAUUGCAGAUUUUCUGUUUUUGCAUUAGCGUUGGCUACUAUGGCACAUCUUGGAUAUUACUAUGACAAGAAGAUGGAAAAAUAUAAAGAAAAUAAUUAUGAAAAUAGAUAAAAAAGGUCAAAAAUCAAUUUUGCUACUGGCGCUUUAGUAUUAUUUACUAUUGGUGGAAAUGUUAUAUCUUUUAUUAUGGGAAAGAGAUAUUUAAAGUCAAUUAAUUACUUGCCAAAAACCAAUUAAUUUGAAUUUAAUUUCUAUGGGUUAAUAUGCUAAGACAAGCCCUACAAGGUUGAGCUUAAUGAAGUAUUUAGAGUUUAAAGAAAGUUGCUUGAUUAGACAGUCUAAUUCUAAAUAUAAAAUAAAAAUUGUCCCCAUACUUAUUUCUCAUCAAAAGGAACUGGUUGGUGGUCAAAUAAAAAGCUAUUUGAAUAUAUUGUAGAUUAAAAUAAAUUAUCAGAAAUGCCAAAAUAACAAAAAAUAAAAAAAUUAGAUAAAUAAGAAAAAUGA